AUGACGUUUGGGUUCACGCAGACGGCGCUCGUGUACUCGUUCAAACUCAUGACGUGCGAGGACUACUACCUCGACCCCACGCACCUUCCCCCACCGACCGGAGAUGCCUGCAAUGUCCCCGCCAUCGAUGCGUCCACGGCGAAGAGCGUAGCCAUGAUGAGCAGUAUGACGGUGGCGGGCACUAUUGUCAACCUCUUCACGUCCGCCUGGGUGAUUAGUAGAUGGGGCGUGAAAGCCGCCAUGUUCCAGCAGACGUUCUGGGCGGCGCUGCGCAACCUGUGCCAGAUCUACGCCCAGGUCACUGGCGGGCGGGCCGGCAUCGACAUCACGAUCGGGACGCAGGUGUUCAACGCCCUGGGGAGUGGGGGCGGGUUCCAGCUGUGCGCGAACAGCUUUAUAAGCAUUCUCGCCGAGGAAUCAGAACGCACGGCCCAGUUCGGCAUCCUGUCUGGCGUCUUCAUGCUCGGGUCAGGGAUCGGGUUCUCAGUCGGCGGCGUGCUGUUCAACUAUGUCGGCCGGCUUGCGCCGUUCGUGCUCGCCUUUGGCUUUCUGGUGUUCUGUACCCUGUUCGGCGCCUUGUUCCUGCCCUACAUUGCCCCAGAGCAUAAGCAGGAGAAGAAACCGAGGCAGAGCAUUCUUGCGCCGCUUGCUGUUUUCCUCCCCACGAGGAAGCCCGAGGGCGGAGGACGCAACUGGGCCAUGUUCUUCCUCGGCCUCGGCACGUUCCUCUCCGUCCUGGCCACAGGAUACAUUGCCAUGGCGCUGCAGCUCGUCGCGACGAAUGUCUUCGGCUUCAAGCCGGACACAUCGGGCUAUAUGCUGAGUCUGACGCUGGUCGUGCGUGCGUUCUUCCUCAGUGUGUGUUUCCCCAAGAUCAUCAGCUGGGGGAGGAGGUGGUACAUUGAUCAUCCGUCGCCGGCCGCCACGCCGACAACGACGCCAUCUACGCCAGCACAGCGCGGGAAGCAACUCCCCUCGUCGCCGUCGACGCCCGCGACGCCGCGCUCGACGAAACCCGUCGAGACAACGCCAAGCGAGACAGAGAACGGCCUCGCCGUCCCCACCAAGAACGGCGCCGCGCGCAGCGUCUCGCCCGCCCGUACCAGCAGCGCGCACUCCUCGACGUCGGGCGAAACGACCCUGGUCGAAGAAGAGAGGGACGCAGACGGCGAGCUCGAGCUUGUCCUGGAACCGACACGCGUCCCGGGGGCCAAGUUCGACCUGCUCUUCCUCAAGUACAGCAUCCUGCUCGAUGGCGUGCUCACGUCGUGUGUCUCGUUGGCGAACAGGGCGUGGCACAUGUAUGCUGCGGCCGUCGUGCUCCCCUUUGCGAGCGGCACGUCUCCGGCCGUGAAGGGGGUGAUACUCGAGUUUGCCGCGGCCGCUUUGCCCCCGAGCUACGAUGAGGAUGGGGAGGAGAGUGCCCCUCUUCUCUCGGGUCGAUCAGGUCGGGAGGGGGAGGGAGGGGAGGGAGGGGAGGCACAGAGGGGAAGGGAGAGAGGCUACGGUGCCACCGACGUCCACGCGCAGGAGCAGCGAAAGGAGGGGAAGCACGGCGGCAUUAGCAACACGGACAAGUCCAACGUGCUCUCUGGCAUUGCGCUGAUUGAGAAGUUUGGCCAGGUCAUCACGAUCAGCCUGUUCAGCUACUUCUUCGCGCUCCUCUCUGAAGCCAACAGGCCACGGCUCAUCUUUGCCCUGGACGGGAUUAUUGCGUUUUUGGCAUUUUUGGUGCUGUUGCCGGUACAGAUGCCGAGACCGCGACGGCAAUGA